CAGAAAGCGAAGAUGACCCUUUAGGUGCUCUUGAUUGGCUGGACAGCGCGCGAAGCACAUGCUGCCUCUCUCCGCGUGGCUACCCCGUGGGGUAAGAGUGUCCCCAUUCUGCAGAUGCGGAAACUGAGGCUCAGACAGGAACCCUGAUUGCUUUCCUUCAACACAUUCAUUAUGAAGUUACUAGUAAUACUUUUAUUUUCUGGACUUAUAACUGGUUAUAGAGGUAACUCUUCCCAUAGCUUGUCAUCCAAGUUACUACUGGUAUCCUUUGAUGGUUUCAGAGCUGACUAUCUACAGGACUAUGAAUUUCCUCAUCUCCAGAAUUUUAUCAAAGAAGGAGUCCUGGUAGAACAUGUUAAAAAUGUUUUUAUCACAAAAACAUUUCCAAACCACUACAGUAUUGUGACAGGCUUGUAUGAAGAAAGCCAUGGCAUCGUGGCUAAUUCCAUGUAUGAUGCAAGCACAAAGAAACGUUUUUCUGACUUUGAUGACAAGGAUCCUUUUUGGUGGAAUGAAGCAGAACCUAUUUGGGUGACCAACCAGCUUCAGGAAAACAGAUCAAGUGCUGCUGCUAUGUGGCCUGGCACUGAUGUACUCAUUCACAAUACCACACCUUCCUAUUUUAUGAAUUAUAGCUCUUCAGUGUCAUUUGAGGAGAGACUAAAUAACAUUACCAUGUGGCUGAUGAAUUCGAACCCACCGGUCACUUUUGCAACACUUUACUGGGAAGAACCAGAUGCAAGUGGCCACAAAUACGGACCUGAAGAUAAAGAAAACAUGUACAGAGUGUUGAAAGGAAUAGAUGAUCUCAUUGGUGAGCUAGUCCACAGACUCAAGGUGUUAGGAUUGUGGGAAAAUCUCAACGUGAUCAUUACAAGUGAUCAUGGGAUGACCCAGUGCUCAAAGGAGAGACUAAUAAACUUGGAUCUCUGCAUUGAUAAUUCAAGCUACACUCUUGUAGAUUUGACUCCGGUUGCUGCCCUACUUCCCAAGAUAAAUAUCACGGAGGUUUAUAACAAACUGAAAGUCUGUAACCCUCACAUGAACGUUUAUCUCAAAGAAGAGAUUCCUGCCAGAUUUCAUUACCAACACAAUGAUCGAAUUCAGCCUAUUAUUUUGGUUGCUGAUGAAGGCUGGACAAUUGUGUUAAAUAAAUCAUUACCAAAAUUAGGUGACCAUGGUUAUGAUAAUUCUUUGUCUAGUAUGCAUCCAUUUCUAGCUGCCCACGGUCCUGCAUUUCACAAAGGCUACAAACAAAGCACAAUUAACAGUGUGGAUAUUUAUCCAAUGAUGUGCCACAUCCUGGGAUUAAAACCACAUCCCAAUAAUGGAACCUUUGGUCAUACGAAGUGUUUGUUAGUUGACCAGUGGUGCAUUAAUCUCCCAGAAGCCAUCGGAAUUGUUAUUGGUGCGCUCUUGGUCUUAACCACACUAACAUGCCUCAUAAUAAUCAUGCAGAAUAGACUGUCUGUACCCCGUCCAUUUUCCCGACUUCAGCUGCAAGAAGAUGACGAUGAUCCUUUAAUUGAGUAACAUGCUGGAGUUUAUACAGAAUAUCUUUGAUUAGUCACAAAACCAAGGAUACACUCAAAAAAUGGUGUUCUAAGGAUGAAAAAUAUACCUUGAAAGACAAAAAACUUAGACUAAGCAUGCUAGAAUUACUUUGUUUUUCCUUGUGCUUUGUUUUGGUGUAUCAGCUAAUUAACAAAAACCCUGGCCAUGGUAAAAAUUUCUAGUAAGUCAACACAAACUAUUUCUCUAACUAGAAACUUUAAGAAAAAUGAUUGCCUCUGCUUUUUUUUUUUUUGCUAUGAAAAUGACACAUUUUUAAAUAAAAAUAUACCAAAAUUUAGUAGGCAUGCUUUUCUAAUAAAUUUUUAUAUUUGUAACUGAAACAACAGAAAUCUUUAUGCAAUUAGUGGAUUUUGGAUUUUGUGUAUCAGGAAGGAAAAGUUUUCUAUAUUUUUAUAUUUCAUGACUUUAAUAGAGUUUGUAUCCCAAGUAAACCUGUGACAUAGGAAGACCUCUGUGGUGGUGAAUAAAAUUGGUUAUCCAGGCAGAACAGAUCUAGCAUAGGAAGAAAUUAUUUUAAGAAAAGCUGUUAUAAAAAACACAACAAAGACUAUGUGAUACAAAGCCUGAGUCUUCACCAUUGUGUCUUUGUUAAGGUUUGUAAGCUAUUGAAGCCACAAAAGAUAACCUUUUGAAGAUUGUUGCUGAUAAGAAAUUAAGAAAAUAGAAUUGCUUUUCUCAGUCUGUGCUUAAUGCCUGUGUGUAAGUCAUUUGUAAGUGUGUAUGUGUGUGCACAAGUGUGUUUGCACUUAUGAAUGUGUAGACUUCCUGUGACUGACCGAAGGUGGUCAGAGGCAGCUGCUGGUCUACGGGCUGACUUCCACAUUCCCACGGAAUGUGGCUCUCAGCAAAGAGUAUAUUUGCACUUCAUAUUUGUUUACUUUCUUCUGACUCACAAGCUAAAGUUGUAACUUAAGAAAGUUUGUUAGUUUUUGUUAGCUAUUUAGCUUCCUCAUGUUGUAUGUUGUAUUGUAGCCAGAGGUAUCCAAGUGGUGUAAAAAAAAAUUCAUGACCAAAUACAAGUCUGGCUUCAAUUGGGUCAGAAUGGGGAGGAGAUUUUGCUAUCUACCUUUGAGAUAUUUAUGCCUUACUUUUUAGGCAAUAGAGUAGUUAAAUUUAAAAUGAAAUCUGGUAUCUUUUGAUCUUUCCCACUGUUCAUAUGUUAAGUGGCAGAGUAAACUCUUAAGCACUGUUAACAUUCUGUAGCCUGAGUCCUGCCUCUGCUUUUUCUUCAGUGUUUGGUUCACAGAAAUAAUUGCUCCGAUUUUUUUUUUUUUAACAUACAUGUUCAAAGCUAAGGAAUUGUUUUGAAGAACUACCAUCCUACCUUUGCUAGGUGGUACUUUCUAAUUGAAUCAGUUAAUAUGCAGAAACCGAGUUGUGGCAGACUAGAUUGUAUCUAUUAAAGCAAAAAUUGGGUUCAAGAACCAUAUCAGGACCUGAGACAAGCAAUUAAUAGUGUGAUCUUUAAAGUUUUGACGAUAUAAAAUAAUCUAAGUAACUGUUUUACAGAUUUUGAAAAAUCUAUAGUAAAUAUGAAACCCAGUUAAAUGCUGAUUACUACCUGUGAUGGUCAAGAACGAUGGUGCCAGUCAUCAAACAUAUAAUUCAUCCUAUUUGGUCUCUGCUAAUUUUGUGAUCAUAGUAUUCAUUCAGUAUCUGUUGUUCUUGAGAAUCAUUUCUACAGCCUGCAUAAGUAGUUCAUGCUGUUGGUCAUAAGCUGACUAUUAAGAACAGUACAAUAAAUAAAUGAAGUAAAGACAAUAGCGCUAAUUUUGCUUUUUGACAAUGUUUAUUUCAUUUUUUUCCUCCUUUAAAAGUUAUCCUAGAGGUUGUUUUUCUGAACAAAAUAAUAGAAAAAUUUCUUCCUGUUUCAAUUUCCAUUUAAAAGAAAAACAACUGUCACAUUUAAUACAGUAGACACUUUUUGAAGUAUCUACAAUAGUAGCAGGAUAUUUUAUACUAGAUCAGUAGAGCUUGGUCCUUGCAAUGCUGUGAGUUUUAGUGAGCAUCUAGCCUGUGAGUGCAUUUCAUAUAGGAUGGAAUAGGAAGGGAUGUCCUGUCAAUGUCUUAACACUUUGAACAAGACACUUAACCUAUUUUCUUGUCUUUCAUUCCAUUCUCAAAAUACUAACUUUAAUUAAACUUACAAACUUUUUUGUAUAUAUGCUGAUGGGACAAAACCAUAUUUAUUUAAUCAAAGAGAUGUUUAUAUAUUAUUUUGAACUUUGUGUUAAUUCAUGUGUAUCUUUAAAAAAUUAUCACUGUUAAAGCCAAUGACUCCUCUAGUACACUGAAAAAAUCUUUCUAGUAAGCUAGCCUUUUACAAUAAGGUUCUGGUCUGUAUUGUGUUAAGUAAUUGACUAAUAUCUUGAUGUGUUUUUCUGGAUGAAAGAAAGUAUUUGGCUACAGGAAACACUUAACUGUUUAUGACAAUAAUACUCCAAUGCAGUAGGAAAAUAUAUUGAGUGGUUUUUGUUAAUUUAGUGAGUGAAUUCAGAAUAACUGCAUUUACUUACAUGGACAGUUCUGUUGUUAUUAAUGUGCAAGUUCUUGUAAACAGCAAUAGAAUUCUAAUAUAAAUUAUUUCAAUGCUGUGUACUAUA